CGAUCGCGCCCGCGGGCGGGGCGGGGGCGGGGCGGCCCCGCCUCCCCCGCCUCAGGCACCUGGGCUGCUGCGCCGCGCUGAGGGCGAGUGCGGGGCCGGCGGGCCGGGGACGCUGCCAGGGCAAGCACCACGAUGGCUGUUCUCUCCAAGGAAUAUGGCUAUGUCAUGCUGACCGGGGCUGCCAGCUUUUUCCUGGUCGUGCACCUUGCCAUAAACGUGGGCAAGGCCCGCAAGAAGUACCGUGUGGAGUACCCAACCAUGUACAGCACAGACCCUGAACACGGGCACAUCUUCAACUGCAUCCAGCGCGCGCACCAGAACACACUGGAAAUCUACCCUGCCUUCCUGUUCUUUUUGGGCACUGGUGGACUCUACCACCCGCGAGUUGCCACUGGGCUUGGCCUCAUCUGGAUCUUUGGGAGACUCUUCUAUGCCUAUGGCUACUAUACAGGAGAUCCCAGAAAACGAAAGAGAGGUUCCUUUAGCUCCGUGGCACUCCUUGGGCUGGUGGGCACAGGCAUCUAUUCAGCCUUCCAGCAGCUGGGCUGGAGAUGCGAGUGGAGCUGCAGCUGCUAAAGGGAGUGUUCUUCUGUUGUCUUCUAGAACCCUUGGCUUUCUGUGUUUUUCUGUUUUCUUACUUAAUAAAAGGAAGUUGUUCGUUCUGUA